AUGGGACAAUAUGAACAAGCCUUUCGAUGUUUUGUUCUUAAUUCACACUUGUAUCCGACAAAUUUGAAUAAUAUUCAAUCAUUGCAGAGUUGUAUUAUUGAAGGAAGUCAAGUGAGAGAUUUUGAGAGUGGACAAUUGGCUAGAAAGACAAAUAUUGAGGAAAAUAGGUCACUAAAGGAAUUACAAUUAAGACAAUUGAUGGUUAAUCCAUCAGAUUUUGAAUUGAGGGUAUUCUUUUUGAGGAAAUUAAUUGACAAAUAUUUAGGAGCCACUAAAAGAGAUGAAAAGAGAGAAUUAGAGUCCCAAAUAUACAAAUUUGUGUUGGACUAUUUCAAUAGAAAAUACAUUUCAAAAAUUGUAAAUAUUCAAGCAAAUUAUUCCAUGCUAAAUAUGGAACAAGUUCAAGAAUUUAAAAUGAUAAUCGAGAUGUUACAACAAAACAAAUUGGAAAGGUACGCUUUGGAGUUGAAUAGACUUGUUAUCAAGUUGGCUCCAUCACUAGAUCCGCAAUUAUUCUUGAGCCAGUAUGAUUUAUAUUUGAAAUUUGAUGACUAUUUGAAUGCCUUCAAGAGCUAUUCUCAUUUCAUGUAUCUGACAGGAAACAAUAGUAUCGAGAGCUAUGCUAUCUGUGGAGAAUGUCUUGAAAAAGCAGGAUAUUACCACAAGGCGAUUAUUGCUUUUUGGCAAUGUCACUUGUUACAACAACAAGAAUUGAUGACAUAUAGACAACAGGAGCAACCAAAAGAUUUCGAUUCAGAAAUAGAUGAAACAACGACAACACCAAUCUCUAACAAUUCUUCUACAGAAGAAAAAAUAGCUCAAUACGAUAAGAAAUCACUAAAAUAUCUAUUUCAUAUCAAACAGAGCAUUGUGCCAAAAUUGAAAAGCUCGACAAUCCCUCUCACCACAGAACAACAAGAAAUAGUGGAACGAAUAAUACAAAUAACAGAAUUGGAAAAUGAUUAUUCAAUAAAUAACUAA